CCCGCCCCUCUCCUGCAGUCCCCCAGGCGCCGGCAGCUUCCCCAGCACCCCGGCAUUCCUCCCCCAGCCACACCUUCCCAGAGUUCCCCAGCAAGUCUCCAUAGCAACAGGACUCCGCCCGGGCCACACCCACCUCCUCCAUUCACACCUUCCCAGAAUUCCGCCUUCUCACCCAUGACCUUGCCAUCUACCAAGGUCGGCCAGCCUUCCCCGACCCGGUCGCUACCAAGGAGACAACCUUCACCCUCUGACUCCUCAGCCAGUAGGUCAAAGGGCAGGGACAGCGGGUCACAGAAUGGCUCGUUGCCAGGCAGCAGCAGGCAGUCGCUGACCUCUGACACUUACCCUUCGACUCUUGACCCCUCACACCUGCCCUCGAAAAGUUUGACACAAAAUGGCAGCCCUCCAAGGAGGGGUCGGCAGCUUUCUCCUAAAGGAAGUACCCGGGAACUGUACAGAGGUCAUCAGAAAACACCAUCAAGGUCAAGCGCAGCUGGGUCGUCGAGCGGCAGGUCGCUGCCAGAGACCCCCCUGAGCACCCCCGUCUCCAGUGUGGGCCGGUCCGGCCACCUGAGCACCCCCGUCUCCAGCGUGGGUCGGUCCGGGGGUAAGAGGUCGCGGAAGAGCAAACACUCGACCCCCUCAGGCAGCGGGCUGUCGGCGUCUGAUCUGGAGGGGGUUCCUCCGGAUGUAAAGCAGCUAUAUGCACAGGUUGACCUGUCUAAGAAGCGUAAGAACCGUAUGAAGCGUGACCACGCCGCAGCGAUUGCCCGCGCGCUGAGUCAGGAGGGGGAGAAGGACGUGGGAGGGAUUCUGGAUGAUAAAGCCGUUGUAGUGUUUAGGGAGAGGACGGCUUUGUAA